GCAGGGCGCAGGGCGCAGGGCGCAGGGCGCAGGGAGAGCAGCUGACAGCAUCGUCACGGCUGCGGGCGGGAGCGCACGGCUCCAGCCUCGGAGGGAGCCGCAUCCGCUCACCAGGCGCUGCCCGUCCUGCGCGAGCUGAGCCCGAGGAAGCUCUGAGCGGAGUUGUGUUCUUCUCCAGGUGUCCCCGGUGGACGGUGGGAGCCCUGCAGCAACAUGCCUGAGCAGAGCAACGACUACCGGGUGGCCGUGUUCGGGGCCGGGGGCGUUGGCAAGAGCUCCCUGGUCCUGCGGUUUGUGAAGGGCACCUUCCGGGAGAGCUACAUCCCCACGGUGGAAGACACCUACCGGCAGGUGAUCAGCUGCGACAAGAGCAUCUGCACCCUGCAGAUCACCGACACCACGGGGAGCCACCAGUUCCCGGCCAUGCAGCGCCUGUCCAUCUCCAAGGGGCACGCCUUCAUCCUGGUGUACUCCAUCACCAGCCGGCAGUCCCUGGAGGAGCUCAAGCCCAUCUACCAGCAGAUCUGCGAGAUCAAAGGGGACGUGGACAGCAUCCCCAUCAUGCUGGUGGGCAACAAGUGCGACGAGAGCCCCAGCCGCGAGGUGCCGAGCGGCGAGGCCGAGGCCCUGGCGCGCUCCUGGAAGUGCGCCUUCAUGGAGACCUCGGCCAAGCUCAACCACAACGUCAAGGAGCUGUUCCAGGAGCUGCUCAACCUGGAGAAGCGCAGGACCGUGAGCCUCCAGAUCGACGGGAAAAAGAGCAAGCAGCAGAAGCGGAAAGAGAAGCUCAAGGGCAAGUGCGUGGUCAUGUGAAGGAGCCCCUGCGUCCCCCGGCCUCGCCCCUUCCCCACCCCACGUGAACCCAUUGUCCGGGCAGCAUGUCCGAUGCCCACGUGUUAGAACCUGGCACCUGACCGAGGCCCGCCCUAGUGUCCCCAAGAAGGCAUCCCACACCCCCCACCAGUGACAAUAAGCCACCCCUCUGUGGAGUCGCCCCGUCUGCCAGGCGGUGACAUCCAAAGCCAGCGCGCUCAGCAUCCCAGGGAACUGAGAGAGGUCACGGUCAUUGAUGAGGGCGGCCUCUGCCACGAGGAGGUAGGAAGACUCAUACCCUUCAAAGCAGCAGAAGCUGGGAAGGCUGAAUGUCACCUGCCUGCACGAGAGAGAGCCAGAGCUACCCGGCACCGACUCCAAACCAGCCGUUUCUCUCUGCUCAGAAGUCAAUUACGUCUUUGGGGGGAGGAGGGAACCGUCAGGCAGAGUUGGUGGGAAACCCAGUCGGUCCAAAGUGAACCCCGGUGGCUCCCCUCCAUAGAUUUUUAACUGUAUUAAAGAUAAAGUAAUCCAGCCUUCCUCAAAGGAUGUGCAUCCUCAGUUAAUUCCCACCGGAUCCUACCCUAAGGGGAUGUAUUCACCUCCUGUAGACCUAGUGAGCUAGUGUCAUGUUAGCUGACGACUCAUUAUUUAUUUUCACCUACCAGGAUGAGUUCACGCAUAGCACACUGCUGUGUCAGAAGUUCUUCAAGUUUUGAGUAAAGGUAUUGUGACACCAUUAUUCAAACAUCGCAAUAAUAUUCCUGUGUUAUACUUUGAGGGUUUUAGAAUGUGAAGUUUCUUUCCUUUCGCCCCUGAGGGCUGUAACUUCUACCCCUCAGAUUUUAAAUUCAAGCAAAUAAAGUAGCUAUUUUUAGAAUAAAAAAAAUUCCCCUGGCCCCUCCAAGAUUUUUGUUUUCUUCUUCAAUAACUUGAUCUGUACCCAGCUGGGUAACAGCCAACAAAGGCCAUCCAGUGACCAGAAGCACAUCAUUUUUCUAAGUGACGUGAACAUGUAUAGGCUACACUUUGCACCUUCAUGAAAUAUUUUGCAACAGAAGUUGUUCACUGUGUUUUUGAUGACCUAUCCAAAUCAGGACUGUAUUCCUGGACAAUGCAUUUAAUCAAUAGCAAACUCUUGCAUGUUCUAUUACACACAUCCUUAAAGACCUGUUCAAUGCAGUGUCCACCCUAGAAACCAUGGUCCUCUUCUCUUAAUGAUUGUGUGUGCAUCCUUAAUACUUCAAACCAAAUUCCAGCCACUGCUAGUUCCUGCAGGAGGCAUGGGAGGUGAUGGUGUCUGUACACAGGCUGGCUGUUCUGUCCUGGGCAGAGCCUACUCACCUUAACCGUUCUGCCAUGGUGGUUGGGCUCUGCUUCUUGAGAAAUUCCCACAAAGCCUGAGUUUUCCUGUUUUAGUUGGCAGAAUGCAUGCCUGCCCCAACUGGUGGAUCAUCCUCUUGGCCAUCUGGGUAGGCAGCAGUGCACGCUUCUUGCAGACAGGGUCUUCCUGGAUGUUGGGCAUCAGUGCCAACCCCAGGCAGGACUUCCCAGCUGGAGAUGUUACACAAACUGCCUUCUGCACCUGCUAUUUUGAUGACCCUUCCUGUGCAGGGUUUCCUGUCACAGCCACAUAGACACCUUCAUCCUCCAAAGCAUACUUGGGCUCUCAGUAUUUCCUAGUUUCCUUUAGUCCUUUCUUAUUCAGUUCUCUUACCUGGUCUCAUCCGGGGCUCUACCAGUGAGUCUCCUUGGCUUCACGGUCUUACCAUCUCUUUGGGAUUUAGAAAAGAGUUCCCUUGUCUUUUCCUGGGGAAAUGAUCAUGCUGAGAAAGGAAGGGAGCCAGCAGGGAGCUCAUGUCAUUGGGCCAUUCCCAGGCCCUCUUUAAAUGCUUCAUACAGGUGCCUUCCAAAGGCCAUUCCGUAGUAUUCCAUCCCAUUCCCCGUGAGAUCUCGUUGUUGGAUAUUCUGGAACGUGUUUUCCAACGUGUCCCUACAUAGUUUUUCCUAUUCUCAGAGAUUAUUAGUUUGUCACCCGAAUGUGAAGGCAAUGGAAGAAGUUACAGAACUUUAUGGCCAACGGGGAUUGUCUAGAGUUGGGUGUGUUCUGUCUAACAGUAAACCAUGAUCUUUGCCACCAGCUGUCAUGUUAAUAAGGCGUUUAUUGUGAAUGCUUCCUGCCAAGUGUCCCAUUUCCAAUUCCCACCCAAAAUGAGUCAGGAUUUCUUUCCUUGGAAGCCAAUUUCUCCAUGUUUGAGUGCUUGGGGCUUCAUCGAUUUGAGGAUCUUAUAAUGAUUGACAAUCUGAGCUCACUCAGGACACACUCCAUCCCUUUGUUCUUCGCCUGAGGGUUUAUAGGGUAGGAAGGAAGGAAGCCUCCAUCCUGGGGCUCCAUUCUGCCAUCUUUUUUGUGAACCCACCUGAGGAUGUUGACGGUUAUAUCAUCCUCGUCUUUCGGGAGCUCCCCAACUGACUUGGGACUUGAGGGGUUAGUGGCACUGAGCAGGUGGAUUUCAACAUGUGUUUGUUCCCGUCCUCAAAUAUGGAGUGGUGAUUCCUGAGAAUAUGUCCUACACUGCACAUGGGUGCAAACGGUUUUUAACCCAGUCCUAGAAAGUUCUAAAACUCAAAAUAUUGCUUUGAAGAUGGCACUGUGGGAUUAUGCAUGGGGCUCCAUGAGUUCCCUUCUGUCCCCACUGGUCCCCUCUCCAUCCAGUGACAAGCCAUUGGCAUGCAUACAAUGCAGCAAGACCAACACAAGAGCAAUAUUGAAUUGUUCACUCUAUCUAAAAUUAUGUAUAUUAUAUAGUUUAUCUUCCUGCAUUUUUGAAAUAUUAAAGUAGUAAACUGUACAUAUCUGUAAGCUAGUAUAUUUGUUUCACUGUUUGUAAUAUUUAAGAAAGGCUCAUUCUUUGUAGAACAAAAGAUGUACUCAAUAUUUUAAAAAAUCGCUCUGUGAUACUUUUUUUCUCCCCCAAAUUUGGAAUGUGUUGCACCUACAUAAGCUCUCUGGAAAUAUCCAUAAGGAAUGGGACACGUGUAAAUCCCUGAAGAUAUCUUGGAAUCCAGUAGCCCACAGAUCGUCUGUAGACAAAGUAUUUGCAGAGCAUGACUUUUAUAUGUGUGGGAUAUCAAUAUGUAUAUUUAUAUUAAGGUGUAUCUAUUGUUACAAUUCCAUUCUCUUAUAUUUUAUUUACUCUGCAGGUCUAAAAAUCACCCUUGCAUACAAGUUUCUAGUUGCAGUGAUGUUCUGAAAAUCAUGGAACAUAUUACAAUAAAGUUUCAGAUAAUGACACCCUG